GGCGGCGGCGGGGCGCGGAGCGGGGAUGGAGACGGGCGGGUGCCGCAUGGGGGGCGCGGGGCCCGGUGGCCCCGCCGCGAUCACGCUGGAGGAGCUGGACGGGCUGGCCGAGGAGAGCCCCGACUCGGCGUACCACAGCCACGGCAGCAGCCUGGAGGAGGAGGCGGCCGAGCGCAUGGACGACGAGGAGCAGGAGCGGCUGCUGAGCUACUGGCAGAGCGUGGGCCGGGGCCACCAGGUGGACGUGCCCCGAGACAUGGCAGAGCCCAUCCAGCAGCUGACCAGGAACAACAACCCCCAGGAGAGGCAGAGCAUCCCCUUCACCCUGAUCCAGCGCAAGGAGAAGCUGGGAGAUCUGCUCUAUGAGAAAAGGCAGUAUGGGAAAGCCAAGUGGGCUUGCAUCAAAAUGAAAGAGAAGCAGUACGAGCAGAGCAUCUGCCUUGGCUUCAUGAAGCUCAUGAGGUACAUCUGUGAGCAGAACUCCUCAGGGCUGUACCUGGGCAUCACCGUGCCCAUCGUGACCAUCGUGCACACCAACGAGGCGCAGUCGGCGAUGACACAGGCGGUGACAGUGGCCUAUUACCUGCCCGAGGUGCUGCAGGACGAGCCCCCACACCCCUUCGACUCCGACAUCAUCAUCGAGGAGUGGCCUGCCACCAUUGUCUACAGCAGGAGCUUCCGAGGGAUCACCAACGAAGACUCCAUCAUGAGAGAGAUCAACCUGCUGGCAGCCAUCCUGGAGAGCCCCGAGCUGUGCCUGCGGGACACAUUCAUCAUUGCCGGCUACACCAACCCGGCGGCCGCCGACCGCCACAACGAGAUCUGGUUCCUGCAGCGGCCCUGAGCCUGCUGCUGCUGCCCCACGGGGCCUCCUGCUGCCCAAUGGGGCCUCCUGCUGCCCCACGGGGCCUCCUGCUCCUCCUGCUGCCCCACGGGGCCUCCUGAUCCUCCUGCUGCC